AUGUCAUACACCGAAGGCGCGGACCCAGAGUGGCGUAUGGAGGCUGUGGAUUGGAGCCCUGUGGACAUGACGGCACGGCCGCGUGCUGCCAAGGCCGAGGCCAGCACCGCAUCUGCGGCGGCCGCCAAGAAGCGCGCCAACAUGCGCUGCGCCAACUACUGCUGCCAGGUGGAGGGCUGCCCCCGGCAGCUGCUGCCCCUGCGCUCCUACUACCAGCGCCAGCACAUCUGCGAGGAGCACUUCCGGGCGCUGGCCAUCACCGACGCCUCCGGGCACGUGUCCCGCUUCUGCCAGCAGUGCACCAAGCUGGAGCCGCUCAGCAGCUUUGACGGCGAGCGGCGCAGCUGCCGCGUGAGCCUGGACCGGCGCAACCAGCGGCGGCAGGGCAAGCGCGGCAGCGGCGGGGCCAACAGCAGCGGCGGCAGCGGCAGCGGCAGCGGCAGCGUGACGCGCCUGCACGGCGACUCGCCCAUCGCCUUUGCGCAGCGGCCCUCACUGUCGGCGGAGGCGCCCGCGGCCCUUGGUGGCGCCGCCGCCAAUGGCUCCGCCAAUGGCUGGACGCUGCCCCACGGCCCCGCCGCUGCCGCCAACUCAGCCGCGGCCUGGACCCAGCAGCAGCAGCAGCAGCAGCAGGCGGAGGCGCUGCUCCCGGGUCCCGGCGCCGGCGGCGUGCAGGCCUUCUGGGUGCAGCAGGUGGAGGCUGCCUGGCUGGCCUCUGCGCAGGCGCACGCCCACGCCCAGGCACAGUCAGACCACUCUGCCAGCUUCUACGGCCCCGGCCCCGCCUCCUCAGGCCUGGCCUCCGCAGGGCCUUCCAUGGUGCUGCCCGCCCCGCAGCCUCCCGCGCCGCACAGCCAGCUGCAGGCGCAGGCGCAGGCACAGGCCGGCCUCGCGCCGCUGCCCGCCCCGCAGCCGGUCGGCGCGGCCGCCAGCGCCGCCACCGUGGCACACCUGCCCGAGGUGGCCGUCUCCGCCGGCGGCGGCGGCGGCACCGUGGGCGGACUUUCCUCUUUGGAGAUGGACCAGCUCCUGGCCAUGGAUGCGGAUUGCCUGGCGGAUGCGAUCCUGCGUGGCUCCGGCGGCCCCGCGGCGCUGCCGUCCCCCCUGGAGAGCACCGCCGGCCAGGCGGGCCUGCCCUCGCUGCUGCCCUCGCCCCACCCGCAGGCGGCGGCGCAGUGGCCGCCCGCGGCCCCCGCUGGCGCGGCGCCCUACGCGGCGCAGCCGGCCUGGGGCGGCCUGGAGGCGGGGCCAAGCUUUGCGCAGCAGCAGCAGCUGCUGCAGGCGCAGAUGCAGCAGCAGCAGGCGCUGCUGGUGGCGCAGCGGCGGCAGCAGCAGGCGCAGAUGCAGGAGCUGCAGCAGCGGCAGCAGCGCGCGUGGCACCAGGCGCUGAUGCAGGGCGGCCUGGGCCUGCCCCCCUCGGCCUCCAUGACCCCGCCCCACCCAGCCUUUGCCUACGAGCCGGCGCACGCGUCGUUGCCGCCGCCGCCGGCGCCCUCGCCCACGCCGCAGCUGACGCCAGCCGAGCGGCUGGCGGCGGCGCAGCUGCUGGGGGAUUUGGAUGGCUCUGGGGAGGGGCAGGUUGAUCUGGAAGAGCUGCUGUUUCCAGACCUGGCUGCCACCGACUUGGAGGAGACACGACUGUACGGUGUGCGGCCUGAGCAGCUGCCUGCCCAGCUGAGGGGCGACCUGAUGACCGCUCUGGCCCUGCCCAACACAGUCGUGCAAGCCACCAUGCGCUCCGGCUGCGUACACCUCACCCUGACCGCGCUGCUGAGCGGCGAGGAGCGGUGGCAGCUGGAGGCGCCCGGCGGCGCUGCGGCGGCGCUGGCGCGGCUGCUGCCGCUGGCGCGGCAGCUGCCCUGCAGCCGCAUGGUGGCGCAGGUGGGCGCCUCCAGCGCGGCCCUGCUGGCGCAGCCCGCCGGCGCCGGCCCCGCGGUACUGCUCAGCCUGCCGCUGGCGCCGGGCUCGCUGCCGACGGGGGUGGCCCUGGCCACGCCGCUCGCCACCACCGUCUCCGCCGCCGCCGGCCGCUUCCCACUGCGGUGCUCCCACGCGCUGCUGGCCGGCGCUGGUGCCGGCGCCCCGCCGCUGGUCCUGCACUGCCGCCGCGGCGGGCUCCACCUGGCGGUCAGCCUGGCGGCCCCCGGCGCGGAGGUGCCCCUGCCAGCGGCGGCCGGCGGCUGGCCUCCCCUCGGGGAGGAGCAGGCAGGCGAUGGAGGUAUGGAGGCAGACGGCGGCGAGGAUGGCGCCGCCACGGGCGGUACCACGGAGGAUCCUGAUACGGAGGAGGAUGAAGAUGAGGUGCUUGCCCUGGCUGAGGAGGAGGAUGCGGGCAUGGCGGCGGCGGCGGCGGCAGAGCCAGCGGCCCUGGUAGAGGCGGAGGCCUGGGUGCCCGCGGCGGCGCCGCAGGGCGGCGAGGGCCCGCCAGCUUCGAGCUUCUGGCAGCCGGGCUGGGGACUGUACGAGUUCGAGAUGUCCCAGGGCGCGCUGGUGGGCGAGGCGGCGCCGGUGCUGGUGCUGCCCGACGCGGCGGCGGGCGCUGCCGCUGAGCUGGCGACCGUGGCGCGCUCCCCUCUGGCCGCCUCCCUGCUGCGCCUGGCAGGCCUGGUGCUGGCCUAUCUGGAAGAUCGGGAGGCGGCUGGGGCCUCCGCAGACGCGGUCGCCGCCGCCGCGGCGCUGCAGCGCAAGUAUCCGCCGCUGGCGGUCGCACGCGUGGCGGCAGCUGCUCGGAAGCUGCUGGACGUGGCGGAGCGCGCCCGCUGGCCCGUGCUCACCCGCCUGCUGCUCCCCGCGGCCGCCGCCGACGGCUGGCGCCCCGCCGAGCACGCGGCGCCGGCGCCGGCCGCGGCCGAGACAGCAGCAACGGCUGCGCCGCUGCCCGCCGCAACAGCCGACCCCGAGGCGCCUCUUGCCGGCAAGCUCGCCCCUCCCGAGCCGUUCAGUUUCGCCAAGCCCGGCGCUGCCGGCGAGGCGGCGGGCGGCGGCAAGGCCAGCGGCAGCGGCGGCAAGCUGGGUGUCGCGGCGGGCUUGCCCGUCCCGGAGCUGUCCAUGAGGGAUGGGCAGCAGCGGGUGAUGCACCCUGCGGUGCUCGGGGCGGCCACGCUGCUGGUGGCGGGCGUGGUGCUGGGCGUGGGGGUGGCGCUGGUGACGGGCCACCUGGCCUGA